UUCCCCUUUCGCCCCUCCCUGCUCCUCCAGUCGGUCCCUGGGUCGACUACGCUGAGCGGCUGGGAACGCGGCGACGGCGGCGGCUGCACUUUCCCCGGCUGCAUCCCCAGCUGGGUUCUGGUGCGCGCCCGGGGGGGCCGCUCGUGCCCGAGGGUCUGGUUGACUGAGGAAGAGAGGGAGGGAUUCCCAGGCUGCCGCGCUACGCCGGGAAGCCUUUCGGUUUUCCGCGAGCCGAGCCCUUAGCAAGUGGUUCCCCGAGACCUCCACCGGCUCCUCGGCGCUGACGGGACCGCGCGGAGCGCACCCCGAGAAGACAGCUCCCGGGCCCGCGGCCCCGACUCGGCCCCGCACGGCUGGCUCGGGGCAGCGCGGAGGGAGGAAGCAAAAGGAGCCGCUCUCUCCUAGGAGUUGGAAGAGCCUUCCCUGGGUCCAAAAUGCCUAAGAAGAAGCCGACGCCCAUCCAGCUGAACCCGGCCCCCGACGGCUCCGCCGUCAACGGGACCAGCUCGGCGGAGACCAACCUGGAGGCCUUGCAGAAGAAGCUGGAGGAGCUGGAGCUUGACGAGCAGCAGCGGAAGCGCCUUGAGGCCUUUCUCACCCAGAAGCAGAAGGUUGGGGAACUGAAGGAUGAUGACUUUGAGAAGAUCAGUGAGCUGGGUGCUGGCAAUGGUGGUGUGGUUUUCAAAGUCUCCCACAAGCCAUCCGGCCUGGUCAUGGCCAGAAAGCUAAUUCACCUGGAGAUCAAACCUGCAAUUCGGAACCAGAUCAUAAGGGAGCUGCAGGUUCUGCAUGAGUGCAACUCCCCCUACAUCGUGGGCUUCUACGGUGCUUUCUACAGUGAUGGCGAAAUCAGUAUCUGCAUGGAGCACAUGGAUGGGGGUUCAUUGGAUCAGGUUCUGAAGAAAGCUGGAAGAAUUCCUGAACAAAUUUUAGGAAAAGUUAGCAUUGCUGUAAUAAAGGGCCUGACAUAUCUGAGAGAGAAGCACAAGAUUAUGCAUAGAGGGGCUAAGCUAGGAAUGACGGGGAGCGACCUGUUGACCUCCUUUCCCAACUUCUCCGGUCAUCAUGCAGUGACCCAGGCGCAAGUGGGGAUGCCUCACUGGUGGGGCUGGGUCACCCCAGAAAGACUCCAGGGGACUCACUACUCGGUGCAGUCAGACAUCUGGAGCAUGGGGCUCUCUCUGGUUGAGAUGGCAGUUGGGAGGUAUCCCAUUCCUCCUCCAGAUGCCAAGGAGCUGGAGCUCAUGUUUGGGUGCCAGGUGGAAGGAGAUGCGGCUGAGACACCACCCAGGCCAAGGACCCCUGGAAGGCCCCUCAGCUCUUAUGGAAUGGACAGCCGACCUCCCAUGGCAAUUUUUGAGUUGUUGGAUUAUAUAGUCAAUGAACCUCCUCCAAAACUGCCCAGCGGAGUAUUCAGUCUGGAAUUUCAAGAUUUUGUUAAUAAGUGCUUAAUAAAAAACCCUGCAGAGAGAGCAGAUCUAAAGCAGCUCAUGGUUCAUGCUUUUAUCAAGAGAUCUGAUGCUGAGGAAGUGGAUUUUGCAGGCUGGCUCUGCUCCACCAUUGGCCUUAACCAGCCCAGCACACCAACCCACGCAGCUGGCAUCUAAGCACCUGGGAGGCAGUAAACAGCAAGUCCCCUGCCCAGUGGUGUGCCAUGUAGCCUUCAGGCCUCUUUCCCAUGCCUGCCUCUGCUCAGACGUGUAUUUCACCUGUGACAAAGGAUGAAGAACACAGCAUGUGCCAAAAUUCUACUCAUGUCAUUUUUAAUAUUAUUGUCUUUAUUCUUAUUACUACUGUUACUCCCCUAAGUGGAUUGGCUUUGUGCUUGGGGCUAUUUUUAUGUAUGUCUAUGAUCAAAACACACAGUGUUGAAUUACAGUGAAACUUCGGUGACUGUGGGUAGUCAUUCUUAAAUGAAAAUCGCACUGCUCUUCCCUCACCCUGGCUGGCUGGCUGCCUGCACUCGGACACUUGGUGGUACUUCAUUCUCGCGGGGCGCACUUCUUUCUAGUCGAGUAGGAGGGAGCCUCGUAAGAUCCUUUACAGGCAGUGCAUGUGAAGCAUGCUUUGCUGCUAUGAAAGCAAGCAUCAGAACGUGUGUAUCAUGUUGUUUUAUUAAUAUAUUUUUGCUUUUGGUGUUGAAUUCAGCAAUUUCCAUCAAAAUCUAGCCAGAGCCUCUACUACCAAAAUAGCUGGGGCCUCACCAGUCUGUCUGCUGUGGUGAUCUCUAGACUUCUGGUUGUAUUUCUCUAUUUAUUUUUAAAUAUAUACCAUGUGGGAUAUUUAGUGGUACACGUCUCUCAUUAAGUUUGGAUUUAAGUGUUUCUAAAAUGGUGGAAUCAUUUUGAAUGUUAAAAAUGGGUCAAGGCAUUAAAAUGGAGGAGAUUUCUCUUUCCCCAAAUUCAAGUACCAAUGCUAUUGUAAACAACAGUGUGUAUAGUGCCUAAAAAUUGUAUGAAAAUCCUUUCAACCAUUUUAAUCCAGAUGUUUAACAAAUCUAAACUCUUAUUCUAAUAAAUAUAUUAUCAAGUUAAAAGGAUGAAAGACAUUUCAACUUUUGUGGUAGGAUCUUCAAUGGUUCUAAGUACACAAGAAAGCAAAUGAUUUAGCCACGCAGUUUCAUGAGGGGAAAGAUAAAGACAGAAAGGAGGCUGAAAGGUGGAAAUACCACACCGAGGACAAGUUCACUGCUUUGGUCUCGGAUUUCCUGCAAUUCCAGUCUUUGGAUUUUGUCUCACUCUUUUCACCAAAUACCCCUACCUGCAACUCUUCAACCACCUUUCCUACGGACCUGUGAAUAAGUCCCACCCAUUCCUUCCCUCUCCCCAUGCAAGGGACAAGCAGUGGGCAGCGGUGGGUGUGGUGGUAUGCCCACAGCGCUUGGCUCGCGGUGGCACCUCCACCCGGAACAGCCUCCUGCUGCUCUGCUCCACGGAACAAGUUUCCUGUUUCACCUUCCUGGAGAGGAGCAAUGUGCCUGGCACUGGCUUUGUCAUGCCUGAGGUGGCAGUGAAGUCCCCGAAAACAAAGCCAUGUCCCAACUUGCCACUGGUGCCUGCUCUUUCUUUGAAAAGUGACUGUUGGCACUUGAGGUACAUUUAAGGCUAUAUGGUCAGCACCUCUUCCCUCAUUUCCUUCUUCAAGGGGCAGGAUAUAGAAACCAAAAUAAAAACAUAUUUAAAAAUGAA